CCCUCCGUCUCAUGAAUGGCUCGUGGAGUAGACGGGUUGUGUGGUUGUGGGCUGCUCGGCGUGGGCAUCUGGCUCUCCGUGUCUCAGGGCAGCUUCGCCACCUUCUCGCCCUCGUUCCCUGCACUGUCAGCUGCCAACAUGGUCAUCGCCAUCGGCGCCAUCGUCAUGGUAACAGGCUUCCUGGGUUGCCUUGGUGCCAUCAAAGAGAACAAGUGCCUCCUACUCAGUUUUUUCAUCGUCCUGCUGAUAAUUCUCCUGGCAGAAGUGAUAUUAGUCAUCCUGUUCUUUGUGUACACGGAUAAGGUGAGCGAGAACGCCAAGCAAGACUUGAAAGACGGCCUGGCUCUCUACAACUCUGAAAACAACAUCGGCCUGAGAAAUGCCUGGAACAUCAUCCAGGCGGAGUGGAAGUGCUGCGGCGUUAUAGCCUACACGGAUUGGCACGAGGCCCUGAAAGAGAAGGUCGUUCCUGACCGCUGCUGCCAGGAACAUUACCAGGACUGUGGACGGAACGCCACCACCAUGUUCUGGAACCGAGGAUGCUUUGAGAAGGUGGAGGAGUGGCUUGAUGACAGCAAGCAUCUGCUAGGAACCAUAGGCAUGGUCAUCUUGGUGGUGCAGCUCCUAGGCAUGGCGUUCUCCAUGACACUCUUCCAUCAGAUCCACAGAACGGGGAAGAAGUAUGACGCCUAAGCUUCGAGAGAAGAGGAGCCUCAAUUCCUGAUGGGAUGGAACUUUUCAAAGAAAAAAAAAUGCCACCCCCUUUGUGCUCCCCAAACAAAAACCACCACCACCACUGCGUUGCAACCAUCCUUUGACUCUGUUCCCAGAAUUUGUGUGCAGAUUCCUCGGCCUGCUCCUUUCGCCACUCAUUUUUGCCAAAGAGUAACACAACUGUAAGAGGGGGGGAAGAAGGACGGCAGCGUCAUUUGGCACUUGAGAGAACCCCGUUGGUCGUCACUCCUUGAUUUUUAUUAACGCUUUGCAAAAAGGAAGCGGGCACAGACACUAAGACAAUAAAGACUUCUAUUAACACUUCCCACCCGCUGGGAGAAGACGACAUAAAAAUCCCUCCUCCCAUUUCUGGAGUGUUUGUGUUUCUUUUAUGUCGAUUAAAAAUCACCCUCUUGUAAAUGGAUAAGAAAAAAAAAAAAAUGGCAUGCUAGUUUUUUACUGAAAUUCAAAAAAAAACCUUUAGCACCCUUUAUUUUGUUCCAAAUACCUUUUUUUGUAUGUGAGUGAUGUUCCUGCGGAAUGUAAGGAAUUGAUGGCGUUAUUGGGGGUUUUUUUUCUCUUUGGACUAUCAUUUUGGGUAAAGUGAGUAAGGAUGGAAGGACGUCACAAAAAUGGUGGUACAAGUUUUGUCACAUUUUGGAAAAAAAAAAAAAAAACAUGCUGUAUGUGCUACCACGCCCCAACAUUGUUGCGUUUUCCUAUUGAGACGAUGCAAGUUGUGUAAAAUGAUUGUUUAUUAAAGCUCCACCGGGACUGUCAA